CGCAGUAUCCGGCCCCAGGUUGUCACCACCUUCGAGCUGCCCGGCUGUUACGACAUGUGGACGGUGACAGCGCCCCCCCCGCGGGAACAGCCCGAGGUGGCCCCAGGGGCCGGUGCUGAGCCCGAGGCAGCGACGGCUCCGGAAGGUUCCGAGGAGGACGGGGAACGGCACGGGUUCCUAAUCCUGAGCAGGGAGGACUCCACCAUGAUCCUGCAGACGGGGCAGGAGAUCCUGGAGCUGGACACGAGCGGCUUCGCCACGCAGGGCCCGACCGUGUUCGCCGGGAACCUGGGCCAGGGCCAGUUCAUCGUGCAGGUGUCACCGCUGGGGCUGCGGCUGCUGCAGGGCGUGACCCAGCUGCACUUUGUCCCGGUGGAUCUGGGCGCUCCCAUCGUGCACUGCGCCGUGGCCGAUCCCUUCGGUGUCCUGCUCAGCGCCGAGGGUCACCUGGCCACCUUCACCCUCAAGGGGGACACCUACGGGGGGCGCGCCCCGCGCCUGGCGCUGCUGCGGCCGCCCGUGUCACACCAGUCCCGUGUCACCGCGCUCUGCCUGUACCGCGACGUUUCCGGAAUGUUCACCACCGAGAGCCGCGCCCCCCGCGAGGAGCCCCCGCCCCGCCCCCACGCCGAGGCCGAGACGCUCAUCCAGGACCUCAGUGACUCGGUGGACGACGAGGAGGAGAUGCUGUACGGGGACUCGGGGGGCUCGGGGCGCUCCCCGCCCCGGGAGGAGCCGCGGCGGCCGGGCCCCGAGCGGGAGGCGGCGCCGCACAGCACCGACUGGGAGCACUGGUGCGUGCUGGCCCGGGAGAACGGCAACAUGGAGAUUUACCAGGUGCCCGAGUGGCGCCUGGUGUUCCUGGUGAAGAAUUUCCCGGUGGGGCAGCGGGUGCUGGUGGACUCGUCCUUCGGGCAGCCGGCGGCGGAGCCGCGCAAGGAGGAGAGGGGCGAGCGGGAACUGCCCCACGUGCGGGAGCUGCUGCUGGUGGGGCUGGGCCGCGCCCAGAGCCGCCCCUUCCUGCUGGUACUGGGACUACUGGGGACACUGGGAGCACUGGGAGCGCUGGGAAUGGCACUGGGAGCACUGGGAACUGCCCCACGUGCGGGAGCUGCUGCUGGUGGGGCUGGGCCGCGCCCAGAGCCGCCCCUUCCUGCUGGUAACGGGAAUACUGGGGGCACUGGGAGCACUGGGAGUGCUGGGAAUGGCACUGGGAAUGGCACUGGGAGCACUGGGAUGUUGGAUUUUUGCGAACCCCAAAUCUAUGGGAAUGUCCUGGAGGGCACCCCAAAACUGAUCAGGGACCCCAAAUCUCUGGGGGGGCCCCGGGGGCGCGUGGCGCAGUUCCGGCACUUCCAGGACAUCUACGGCUACUCGGGGAUCUAUGGGGCUGAGCUGGGGGAUCUCUGGGUGUCCCCCACCUGUCCCUCACCUGAACCCCAAAUCUAUGGGAAUGUCCUGGAGGGCACCCCAAAACUGAUCAGGGACCCCAAAUCUCUGGGGGGGCCCCGGGGGCGCGUGGCGCAGUUCCGGCACUUCCAGGACAUCUACGGCUACUCGGGGGUGUUCAUCUGCGGCCCGUCCCCGCACUGGAUGCUGCUGACAGGUCGGGGGGCGCUGCGCCUGCACCCCAUGGCCAUCGACGGCCCCGUGGAAUCCUUCGCACCUUUCCACAACGUCAACUGCCCCAAGGGCUUCCUGUACUUCAACCGCCAGGGGGAGCUCAGGAUCAGCGUGCUCCCCGCGUACCUGUCGUACGACGCACCUUGGCCCGUGAGGAAGAUCCCCCUGCGCUGCACCGCGCACUACGUCGCCUACCACGUGGAGUCCAAGGUGGGCGGGGCCGGGGGCACACCUAGGAUACACCUGAGCAUACCCAGGGCAUACUUGGGCACACCUGGGCACACCUGGAGCAUACCCAGGGCACACCCGGAACACAACACACCUGGGAUGACGGGAGAGGAGAAAGAGUUCGAGAGCAUCGAGAGAGACGAGCGCUACGUCCCCCCCCAGCAGGAGGCCUUCAGCAUCCAGCUCAUCUCCCCGGUCAGCUGGGAGGCCAUCCCCAACACCAGGAUCGCGCUGGAGGAGUGGGAACACGUCACCUGCAUGAAGACGGUGUCGCUGCGCUCCGAGGAGACGGUGUCGGGCCUCAAGGGCUACGUGGCCGUGGGCACCUGCCUGAUGCAGGGCGAGGAGGUCACCUGUCGGGGCAGGAUCCUGAUCCUGGACGUCAUCGAGGUGGUGCCGGAGCCGGGGCAGCCGCUCACCAAGAACAAGUUCAAGGUUCUCUACGAGAAGGAGCAGAAGGGGCCGGUGACGGCGCUGUGCCACUGCCACGGCUACCUGGUGUCUGCCAUUGGGCAAAAGAUCUUCCUGUGGAGCCUGAAGGACAACGAGCUGACGGGGAUGGCGUUCAUCGACACGCAGCUCUACAUCCACCAGAUGAUCAGCGUCAAGAGCUUCAUCCUGGCCGCCGACCUCAUGAAGAGCAUCUCGCUGCUGCGCUACCAGGAGGAGAGCAAGACGCUCUCCCUCGUCAGCCGGGACGCGAAGCCGCUGGAGGUGUACAGCGUGGAUUUCAUGGUGGACGGCUCCCAGCUGGGAUUCCUGGUGUCCGACCGCGACCGGAACCUGCUGGUGUACAUGUACCUGCCUGAAGCCAAGGAGUCCUUCGGGGGGCUGCGGCUGCUGCGCCGCGCCGAUUUCCACGUGGGCGCGCACGUCAACACCUUCUGGCGCACGCCGUGCCGCGGGCACAACGAGGGGCCCAACCGGCGCUCCAGCACCUGGGAGAACAAGCACAUCACCNAUCACCUGGUUUGGUUGCUGCAGUCGGAGCGGCGCCUGCUGCAGAACGCCGUGCGGAACGUGCUGGACUCACCUUGUGCCCAGGUUGCUGCAGUCGGAGCGGCGCCUGCUGCAGAACGCCGUGCGGAACGUGCUGGACUCACCUGUCCCACCUGUCCCUCACCUCUCUCCCCUGUCUCACCUGUCUCACCUGUCCCACCUGUGCCCAGGUUGCUGCAGUCGGAGCGGCGCCUGCUGCAGAACGCCGUGCGGAACGUGCUGGACGGGGAGCUGCUGGGCAGGUUCCUCUACCUGAGCGCCAUGGAGCGGGGGGAGCUGGCCAAGAAAAUCGGCACCACACCUGACAUCAUCCUGGACGACCUCCUGGAGAUCGAUCGCGUCACCGCCCAUUUCUGAGGGACCCAAAAUCCCCCAAAAACCCCAAAAAAUCCCCAACCCCCCC